UUCUUCCUCGUCACAACUCACAACACUCCAUCCCAGUGGGUUGGUUUGCGCGCACGCUCUCACUUCUCCUUCACUUGGCGAACAAGAGAUCGAUCCUGGCGUCACCCAAACCCUAAAUCUCCCCCGCCUCGCCUUCACCUUCGCCUCGCACGGGAGCGGCGGCGGCGGCGGAGGAGGAGGAGGAGGAAGAGUAAUGGCGAAGCGAAGCAGAGGCGGCGGUGGCGCGGAGGCGGCGCUGAAGGCGGACUCGGCGGCGAUGCGGCUGGUGUGGCGCAGGGGCGCCGUGCGGCUGGUGCUCGUGUCGGCCAUUGCCUGGGCCAUGCUCGUGCUCCUCGCCCUCGCCUUCCACCUCUGGUCCUGCAGCUCCUCGGUCGCAUUCCUCUCAGCUCUUUGUAAAAAGGACAGUAAAGUCCUCAAUGUGCUGGAUUCAAUGGGGCUCUCAUCGAAACCACUCCACCGCUGCCCAAUACCUGUUGCAGAUGAUCCAAAUGCUGUUGCCAUUCCAAAGAGGACUCCCAACACAAUCAUAAAGAAAUUAUCAUAUAUAACUAUUGACAAACAGGAUAAAGAUCCUUCACCGCUGUUUGGAGGACGUCAAAACUGGAAACAGAGGGAGGAAAGCUUUAAACUGAAUUCUACUAUGAAGGUGCACUGUGGAUUUAUGAAAAAUAGCGGUGCAGAUAUGGAUAGUGUUGAUGUCAAGUACAUACAGAAAUGCAAAUUUGUUGUUGCCUCUGGUAUUUUUGAUGGUUAUGACAUUCCCCAUCAGCCAUCGAAUAUUAGUCGCCGGUCUCAGAAGUUGUUCUGCUUCCUGAUGGUGGUAGAUGAAGUAUCUCUUGAUUUUAUUGAAAAGAACACCACUGUCAAAAUUGACAGCAAUGGAGGAAAGUGGGUUGGUAUAUGGCGACUUAUAACGGUGCAUCGCCUCCCAUUUGAUGAACCUAGAAGGAAUGGAAAAAUACCAAAGAUUUUAACACACAGACUAUUUCCUCAAGCUUGGUAUAGCAUUUGGAUUGAUGGGAAAAUGGAGCUCAUAGUUGAUCCGCUGCUUAUUCUCGAGAGAUAUCUCUGGCGUGGAAAAUACACUUUUGCGGUAGCUGUCCAUAAGCAUCAUAGGAGCAUCUAUGAGGAGGGUGAUGCAAUAAAACGACGGAAGCGAUAUGCUCGUCCUUUGGUUGAUCUUCAGAUGAAGAUGUACUAUUAUGAGGGGAUGGAGCCGUGGAGCUCAAAGAAAAAGAUGCCUAGCGAUGUGCCAGAGGGUGCGGUGCUGAUCCGGGAGCACACGACAAUGACCGAUUUAUUCAGCUGCCUCUGGUUCAACGAGGUCAAUCUUUUCACACCACGUGAUCAGAUCAGCUUUGGCUACGUGGUGCAUAGGCUUGGAGACUCUCUUAAGUUCUUUAUGUUUCCCAACUGUGAGUACAAUUCUCUGUUCAUCUUGCACAAGCACACAAGAGAACACUCCUCGAAAGUUGAAUGGGCCAAAACAAUCGAUGAGAUUUUGAAGAAGGGACUGAAGGAGAGUAGAGGAGGAUUAGGGCUGUGGACUCCAUAUCCUGCAGACCUCAGCUCCGUGGAACUCCCUGCUGUAAAAAGAAUUUCACCGGCAGGCUAGGCUGGAAAAAAAAUGUAGUCUUUGAUUCUUUUGUGAUUGUGCAAAGUAGAACACUGAUUUUUCUUUUAUCUUGUUUAAACAGAUUUUAGAUGAGAUCCUGUAAUUUUCUGUAGAUUCUGUUGCGGCUGAAAAUAGGGAGUACUGUAGGUUAAUGCUUGGAGUUUUGUUGCUUCCAGUUCUGUGCAAAAUCAUACGAUCACACUUGUAAAAGAAACGUGGAAUGUAACCAAUGGGAUUCGUGUUCUGAUGAAAUCAUACGACCAAUCAUCACUGCUUCAUAUUUCAA